AUGCUUGCGGAUGUCGGUGAAGGCAUUGCCGAAGUUCUGCUCCUCAAAUGGUCGGGUGAAACCGUGGCCCAGCUUGAUACCGUUUGCGACGUUCAAAGCGACAAGGCAACGUUGGACAUUACAAGUCGCUACGACGGCGUCAUCACCAAGCUCUACCAUGCCGAAGGAGACACCGCCAAGGUCGGGCAACCCCUGAUGCAGGUCGAAGUGGAUGAGGACGACGCCGCCGCCGAUGCCGCCCCCUCCAACGCAUCCGAGGCGCCUGCUGCUGCUGCUGCUGCCGCCGCCGCCGAUGGCUCUGCUGCCAGCUCAUCCCCUGCUCCGAGCUCGAACAAGGCCAAGGCUCUCAUGACGCCGGCCGUCCGUCGCAUCAUUCGUGAGCACAACCUCGAGCUCCAUCAGAUUCAGGGCUCGGGCAAGGACGGUCGCGUGCUCAAAGAGGACGGCAUUCAAAAGGCCAUGGUGCAGAGCAUGACCUCCGCCCUCCGUGUGCCCCACUUUGGUUAUGCCGAUGAAGGCAUCAAGCUGUCCUACAUGCCCUUUAUCAUCAAGGCAGCCUCGCUUGCCCUGCAUGAAUACCCCAUGCUCAAUAGCCACGUUGAUGAGGAAUGCACGCAAAUUACCCAGCGCGCAGCUCAUAACAUUUGCGUGGCCAUGGAUACGCCCCAAGGCCUGCUCGUCCCCAACAUCAAGAACGUCGAAUCCAAAAACGUGCUUGAGAUUGCUCAGGAACUCAACACCCUUCAGGAGCUGGGUGCCGCCGGCCGUCUGGGCCGUGACCACUUGAGCGGCGGUACAUUCAGCAUCUCCAACAUUGGCGUUGUUGGUGGUACCUACUUGGGCCCCGUCGUGGUGGUCCCCCAGGUUGCUAUCGCGGCCAUUGGCAAGAUUCAGCGCGUACCUCGCUUCGACGACAACGACAACGUUGUACCUGUCAACGUCAUGAACAUUUCUUUCAGCGCCGACCACCGAGUCAUCGACGGCGUCACCAUUGCCAACUUUAGCAACGUCAUGAAAGAGCUCAUCGAGUCUCCCACUCGUAUGCUCCUUCAACUCAGGUAA